CGGCAGCUGGGCCCUCCCCCGGCGCCUGCAGCCUCCCGGAUCCCGCCCCUGCCUCGCUCCCGCCCGCCGCAGCCGCCCGCCCGCGGAUCCCGGAGCCGCCGGCCCCCGCAGAGGACCGACUGCCCAGACUGCGGGUCCCGGGGCUCCCUGGGCGGGGCCGAUCCCAGGGAGCCCCCCUGACUGCCUCCCAGAGCAGGGUGGGGAAAGGGAUCUUAGCCCGCCGCCGCCUCCGAGCGGGCCGCCAGAUUUUAUUUUCAGGUAAUCUCUACACCCAACGCGGGGCUCAAACUCACAACCUCGAGGUCAAGAGUCACAGGCUCCACCAAAGGAGCCAGCCAGGCGCCCCAAUGGCAGAGAAUUUGUUGUUGCCGUUCAGCACAUGUGGUCACCAUGAAGUGAGCCAUCGUGUCAUCGACCACAAUCUCAAGGAUUCCGGCGGCCCGAGAUGGGCGCCCGGCCUUCGCGGCGGCGGCUGCCCGCGGACCAGCCCAUAGCCUUGGACGCGCUGCCCCCGGAGCUGCUCGUGCAGGUGCUGAGCCACGUGCCGCCGCGCGCAUUAGUGACGCGCUGCCGCGCAGUGUGCCGCGCCUGGCGCGACGUGGUGGACGGGCCCACCGUGUGGCUGCUGCAGCUAGCCCGCGACCGCAGCGCCGAGGGCCGCGCACUCUACGCCGUGGCCCAGCGUUGCCCGCCCAACAACGAGGACGAGGAGUUCCCGCUCUGCGCCCUGGCGCGUUACUGCCUGCGCGCACCCCUCGGCCGCAACCUCAUCUUCAACUCCUGCGGAGAGCAAGGCUUCAGAGGCUGGGAGGUGGAGCACGGCGGGAAUGGCUGGGCCGUGGAAAAGAACCUAACACUGGUGCCGGGGGCUCCUUCCCAGACCUGCUUCGUGACUUCUUUCCAAUGGUGCUUCAAGAGGCAGCUUGUGGACUUGGUGAUGGAGGGGGUGUGGCAGGAGCUGCUGGACAGCGCCCAGAUUGAGAUCUGUGUGGCCGACUGGUGGGGUGCCCGCGAGAACUGUGGCUGCAUCUACCGGCUCCGGGUCCGCCUCCUGGACGUGUACGAACACGAAGUGGUCAAGUUCUCGGCCUCCCCCAACCCGGUCCUUCAGUGGACUGAGAGAGGCUGCCGACAGGUGUCUCACGUCUUCACCAACUUUGGCAAGGGCAUCCGAUACGUGUCUUUCGAGCAGUAUGGGAGGGACACGCGUUCCUGGGUAGGGCACUACGGCGCCCUCGUGACCCACUCCAGUGUGAGGGUCAGGGUCCGCCUGUCCUAGCCGACCAGCCUGAGCCAGCCUUCCAGAGUGUACUGCCAUCUGCCAGACAUCACCAAAAACGGCUUUGCAGUUGGGAGCCGGAUGCUCGUGGACAGUGAGGGUCCCAUGUGGCCCAUUCCUGGCACACCUCCAGUGAACCCCACUUGCUGCUGCUUCAGCAUGGAAUCACACAUGCUGUGCAAGAAACCAGGGAUCUAGGGCGCCGGGUGGCUCAGUCGGUUGAGUGUCUGCCUCUUGAUCUCAGCUCAAGACGUGACCUCGUGGUUUGUGAGAUGGAGCCCCGUGUCGGGUUCCGCACGGACAGUGCAGAGCCUGCUUGGGAUUCUCUCUCCCUCUCUCUGCCCUCCCCUCGCUCAUGCUCUCUCUCUCAAAAUAAAUGAAAAAGAAAGAAACAAAAAGAAA